UGGAAACUAUUCGAAUUCAAAAUGGCGGACGAAGAGAGGAGAAAGGGCGAAAAGAAAGGAACAAAAUCCAAGGGGAAGCCAAAAUUCCGCUGGAAGAAGCCGACAAAUUUACUUAACAUUGGGAACAAAGAGAAGGGUAGGCGUUGUUAGAUUAGAUUUGGGAAGUUAAAGGAGCUAGUUAUCUCUAAUUUGUCUUGAAGAAACCUAGCUUGCAUAAACUGAACGUUUGUCUUUAUUUAACAUACUGUAUAUAUAGGCCACGCAUUUGCUGAAAAACGGAAGAAGAUGGCUAUUAAGGAAUACAAAAAGCUACUAAGGAAAACAAGGGAGCAACAUGAGAAUCGUCAGUCAGCAGACAACAGAGAUAAUCGUCCACGUUUGCAACGUCCAGCACGUGUCGCAGAUGUGAAUACAACUGGAAAGGUUUGCCUCUCCCGAACUUACAAAUUUUUAGUGAUAUAUCAGAAGAGUGAGUGGCCCUAAACUUCUGGUUUUUUUUUAAUACAGAACGAAACAGAAAGUCAGGGAGUGCGAAGACCAAAAUCUCAACAGUAAGUCAAUGUAGUUAUCAUUUCCCGAUCGGAAGUAAAAUCAACCCAAAGAUAGUGAAUUGUUCCCAGCCCAUAAUUCUGUGUUUUUCAAACGUUUUAAUGGUACAUGCGAGCGAGAGAGCGAGCAGUCAGUCGUGGAACCUUCUCUACUCACCCAAACUUUGCCUUUUCUGCCUUUAUUAUUUGGGAUGCUUAUUCAGGGUUCUCAUUAUGAGAUGUAACAACGGGAGGACAUUUUUAAAGCAGCAGGAGAAAACUUUUCAUAUCUGAAUUUAAAACAGCUCUAGCCAUUGGAAUUUUGGUUUAACUAUUUUACAAAAGGUAUAUUGUGGUAUUUAAAGAAAGCACAGGAAUGAUGGACUUACAUGCACAGUUUUACGGAGCAGUGUGUAAUAAGCCUUGGUUGACCUGCUAAUUUGUGCCAAUAGUGAUUAACCCUUUCCACCCUAACAUCAGUUUGCAUAUUCUCCAUACUGUUCUCUGUACAUUUCCUAAUGUGCUGACAAGGAGAAUUUAUUGAACAAUCAAGUUGCUUCUUUGGCUGUUGAUCAUUUUCUUUAUUCUCAUGACCUUAAUGUGUGAUACAGGGGUGAUAUUGUAAGGAGAAAUUACUUGUAGAUGCUAGUCACUCUUAAGGGUUAAGGCUGUUCAUUGCCAUGUUCACCCUUCAAGCACCUGUUUAAUACACUGCGUUGCCAUGGAAAGUGUCAUAAAAUAAAAAUAAAUUUUAUAGAUUAUAUAGAUCAUUAAUUAGAGGUGUAUAUUCAUUAAACAAACCCUAAUGAAGAGAAGUUUGUGACUUUUCAUGCUCCUUGUUUCUUUGUGCUCCUGCAAGGAAGCGGAAACAAGUCAACAAAUUCAUGGCAGCUGAAAGUGAUUUUAAGAAAAGAAAAAUGGAGAAGGAACAGAUGAUUAAGGUUUGUUGAAUUGACUAAUGUUUAAAAAUGUGUUUAAGCUAGAUGUAGUUGAUAUGGUAAUCAUAAUCUUAAAUAUGUUUUCUAGUUCAAUUAACACCUGUUUUCUUCAUUAGAGAGAUGGUAUUCUGAUUGAAUACACUUACAGGGUGUUCAAUGUGAAAGUUUAUGUGGGAUGACACAGUCAGUCAACCUCUCUAUGUGCGCUGUGACUUGUGUUUAGGAAAGCUGAAGGGCCUGUACAUUAAGGACCUGUGCUACGUCUUGCUACACAUGCAGAAUGCAGUGCUACAAUAACCUGACCGAAGGGUGAAACACGAUACAAUGUCUGGAUUUUAAAAAGUUGAAAUAAGGGAGUAGAAAUAGCUGCAAUAUUUCACAGGAUGUUUGAAAGCAAACAAAAAUCAAGUGAGAAAAACUGAUGGCAUAAGAGACAAGGCAACCUUACAUGUACAAGGGACCUUAUUUUCCUUUGAAUCCUCUGAAUACUCCCAAACACCCAAUAGUACUGGUCCUACCUCUUCCUCCAGCUGUAUGAAUAUUUACUUUCUGAUUUAUUUGUUCCUACAUGUAUGCCACUGAAGCAUGUUUGAACCAGGGCGCUCCAGAUUUAUUAUUCUGCUACAUGUACCUGAAUCUCUUUUACUUCUUUUGUCCUUUCAGUAUCUAUCUCCACUGUUUCACAAUCAAGAGGAAUGAACUAAAAAAUCAGAUCCUUCUUUACAAUGGAAAAACCCAUCAUCAUCAUUUCUUUUGUCGAUAAUACUUUGCCAUGGCAUUUCUCACUAAGUUUAUUGUGCUGAUUAUUUUCUUUUAUUGUUUAGGAAAGGGAAACAAUGAUACAAAAACACAGAGAGGAGGUUCAGGAAAAGAUGAAAAAGCGCAGAGAAACCUUUGGUCGGUUGAAUCGACGAACAAGGAAAGGCCAGCCAAUUAUGGCCAACCAAAUUGAACAUCUUCUUGAUAAGAUUCAAUCUCAGACUUAAAAAGUAGCAAUGCAAUAACCCAUAUGGGGAAAAUCACAGAUGAAUGCUGCUCUAGAGAAGUAUUGAUCACCAGAUUGAAGGAAAUAUAUUGAACCAGUGGUAUUGAGAUUGGCAACUGUUUGGACAUUAACUGGACAGAGCUGAUCCUUAGCAGCAAAUGUGGUUUAUGGAUAAAUAUGUUUUGAAGCUAUAUUCUCUCUGGCAAAUGGGUGUUAUGCCUUUGAUUGUACUUUGUGAGCUGUUACAGGAAGGUUUACAUGUGCUUCAUGGAUCUUUCAUGUGAAGUAAAAAAAUUGGAAAAUUUAUCAGCGGCUCAAUAUGGAUGCCCAUUUGAAGUUCUCUCACAUUUAAAAGUGAUACUGUUGUCUUACAAUAGUAGCGGUGUGGUUCAAAGCUAUCAGUCAGAAAGUCCCUCAGCCUAGAACUUGCCAACAAUAGUAACACAAUUAUCCUGCUCAGGAUUAUUGACAGAUAUUUGUGUUUCAGUGUUCACUCAUUCAAAAAUCUUGUAUUUUACAUGGUAUUUUAAGGCUUGUGAGCCACUCAUAAAGUGCAGCAUAAAAGCUGCUUGUGAUAUGUGGAAAAAAUACAAGAAAUCGCUCAAUGGGAUGGCGUCAAGCCUUAACCUUACAGAAGUGAUUAACAUCUUACUUUGUUUAAAUAUUGAUACAUUAUCCAGCUAGCUGGAUGUGUGAAUGAUAACUUCAAAUUCUCAGAACUGAUUUGUAAGUACAGUAAUUUGGCAUUAUCAACUGAGUCAGUUAGUAGCCAACUCAGUGGAUAGUACCAAAUUACCUUGUUAUAAUCUCCUGUAUAACACCACAGUUUCUUUAAAAUCUUACCUCCUUUAUUGAUUUGUAAUUAAGUCUGGCAGUUGUAAGGGCAAAUUACAAAACAGAUCCUGGGAGGUUAAAG